GAGCUGCACCGGCUUGGACGCGGGCUUUCGGAGCUGGCUUUGCCCCAGGAGGGCUCGGCUGCGGAGCCGGUAGUCUCCUGUCUCCUACCGGCCCCCGGCGGCCAGGAGCGAGUGACAGCCUCCUAGCCGGCGCCUUGGCUCCGGGCGAGCUCGCUCGGGGAGCGCGGGCGGCACUCGGGCCUCUCCCUCAGCUGUCACUUUGGCGGCCUUUCCACUUCAGGAGCUUGCAGUCCCGACGCAGUUCUGCAGCCGACUGAAGAAUGACUCGUGCACGCGGAAUGGGUGACAGCGUCAGCACUGCGUUGUAUUGACCAUGGAUUCUUAUGAUGCAUCAGAAUCAACACCUGAAUUGACUCCAAGACAAAGUGCAUCCUCACAUCUUAAAGAUUACCUUAUAGGUGCCACCCCUCUGCAGAAACGAUUGGAGUCAGUUAGGAAGCAGACUUCGUUUGUCCCAACCCCGCCUCGAAGGAAAAUUCCCCAGUGUUCACAGUUACAGGAAGAUGUUGAUCCUCACAAGGUUGCUUUCUUCCUGCAUAAACAAUGGACUUUAUAUAGUGUAACUCCCCUAUAUCAAUUCUCCUAUAGUAACCUCAGAGAGUAUGCUAGACUUCUGAAUGCAUUUAUUGCUGCUGAAAAGCAAAAAGGGCUUGCUGUGGAAGUGGGAGAAGACUUCAACAUUAAAGUGAUUUUCUCUACUCUCCUGGGAAUGAAAGGAACGCAAAGGGACCCGGAAGCGUUUCUUGUCCAAAUUCUAUCAAAAUCUCAAAUGCCAUCUGAGAACAGAGAAGGUAAAGUGUUAUGGACUGGUUGGUUCUGCUGCAUAUUUGGAGAUAGUCUCCUGGAGACUGUUUCACAAGACUUCACUUGUCUACCCUUAUUCCUUGCAAAUGGAGCAGAGUCUAAUACAGCCAUAAUCGGAACUUGGUUUCAGAAGACUUUUGACUGUCACUUCAGUCCUUUAGCAAUCAAUGCAUUUAAUCUUUCCUGGAUGGCUGCUAUGUGGACUGCAUGUAAAAUGGACCGCUAUAUGGCUACCACUGAAUUUCUUUGGUCUGUUCCCUGUAGCCCUCAAAGUCUGGACAUUUCUUAUGCAAUUCAUCCAGAGGAUGCAAAAGCUCUGUGGGACAGUGUCCACAAAACACCUGGGGAGGUUACCCAGGAGGAAGUUGACUUAUUUAUGGACUGCCUUUAUUCACAUUUCCAUAGGCAUUUCAAAAUUCAUUUGUCAGCCACAAGAUUGGUUCGUGUUUCAACGUCCGUAGCUUCUGCACAUACUGAUGGAAAAAUAAAGAUUCUGUGUCAUAAAUACCUUAUUGGUGUGUUGGCAUAUUUGACAGAACUGGCAAUUUUUCAAGUUGAAUGAGUCCUGUGUGAACAAUAAGUUAUGGAUCAUAAGCCCUUUCUCACUGAUUAUUUGGUUAUUUGCUAUGCUGAGAGAGUCUGCGAGAGAAAUGGGUAUCUAUAUCUGUCUCUGCUUUCCUCGUGGUGCCUUUGGAGUUGCCCAGAUGAAAGCCAAGAAGGAUUUAGAAGAACAAGGACUGGCGGGGGGUGAGCCACAGCCAUGUGCUUAUACUGGUCAUGAUUAUUUGAGAUGCCAGUGCCUAGGAAAAAUGCUGAGUUGUUAAUUCGUUGGUUAUCUUUUAAAAAAAAAUGUUUUUAUGUCAAACUUUUAGGAAUUCAAAAUGAUAUCUAAUAUUGGGUAUUUUUGAUUUAGGUCUUUAAAACCUUUAAUCCCUUUAAAGCAUUUUAGACUUGCAGUCAGAGAAUUUUUGUCUUCUAAAGACAUUUUGCUAGCGUUAUUUUGCUGUAGAGAACGGGCCAUCAAAGUCCUCUCAAAAUUGCCAGAUAUAGUGGCAUAUGCCUGUGAUCCCAGCAGCUUGGGAGACUGAGGCAGGAUGAUCGCAAGUUCAAAACCAGCCUCAGCAAUUUAGUGAGGCCCUAGGUAACUUAGCGAGACCCUGUCUCAAAGUUAAAAAUGAAGAGUGCUGGGGAUGUUGCACAGUGGUUAGCGCCCUGGGUUUGAUCCCUGAUACCAAAAACAAAACAAAACCCAAACCCUCUCAAAAGGAAAAUAAAGAUUAAUGGACUUUUUUUUUAAGUCACUAAAAUGCUUCUGUUUUUAAUACUGUUCAAUUCUUAUAGCAGCAUUGAAUUAAAUAUUCACUUUUAAAAUGAAGCAGUGUGUCUCUCAAUAUCUUUAUGACAUCUUUUAAUUCAUGUCUCAGUAGCAGUACAGGGAGUGUUAGGCUUUUUCUCUAGCACAAGGGAUACAAACCAACAAUUAUGUAGAAUCAGGCAAAUUGUAGGGUUGAAAGGCAAAUUAAGGGCAGAAAUGAUCUUAGUUAGGCUUUAUGUCCCUAGUUUAGCACAGUACUUGGUAAAUAACUGGAUUAAAUGAAUUUUAAUCAACACUUCCAUUUUAAAUAUGAAAACAGAUCAAGCAACCCAAGAGACUUUCCCAUGAUAAUAUGUCUAAAACUCUUUAUUUACUGAGCAUGGGAUUUUGUUUACUUUAGAAACAUUAUUUUUUAAAAUCUUGUUUGAAAGAAACUAAUUUUGAUAGAUGUCAUUUUACAAUCAAAUUAACUUCUGGAAUGGGGUAUUAUUUCAGAUAUACUAGAAAUAGCAAGAAAGUGGGAAAAGCCUGGGUUUGGGAGCCAGACAUUCAUUUAUUCAGCUAAUAUGAAGUUCCCAACACGUGCUUAGAAUCGCAUUGGGUAGUAGAGAAAUAGUGUGAAGAAGACAAAACGGGUUCCUGUCCUGUGGGAAUUAUAUUCCAGUGAAAGAAGGCAAAGGAUAAAGAAUUUCAGAUGGAGACAAAUGCUGCGAAGGAAGGAAGGUAGGCAGCGUGGUGUGAAGAAGCGUGGCUGGCCGCGGCCUUCUCUACACACCGUGUUCAGAUAGUCUGAGGAAAUGAGUCCCAAGCGAUGAGCAGGAGCCAGCACGUGAUGGUCUGGGAGGGGUAGAGGUGGCAGGUAAAACAGGGAAGGCUUUGAGGUAGGUCAGAGCUUGGCUGAUUGAGGACAGAGCCUCAGCUGGAGCUCAGUGAGCAAGGUGUGUGGAGCAGUGGGAUGAAGUGGGCCAGGCACGCCGCAGACUUCCCUGGGGUUCUAAGCCAGGUUUUGACGGGGACAUCUGGCUGCCCAGAAUAAAGACAUGUUCCAGCUUUCAUUAUAGUUAGGUGUAGUCAUGUAAAUAAGUUCUGAGCCGUGGGCUAUAAAUGGAAGUGUCAUGUAGAGCUUCUAAGGAUCUUUCUUAAAGCAUAAGUGACAUGGGGGCCAUGGGGAUGUAGCUCCAUAGUAGAGUGCUUGCCUAGCAUGUGUGAGACCCUGGGGUUCCUUCCCUAGUACUGCCAGCAGAACAGUGGCAUGCACUACUUCCUUCCAACUUUGCUUCCUAGAAUGUUGAUAAAACAACUGGUAUUCUGGCUACUCGAUUAGGCCAUGGGGAUGAGGGUCAGAUCCCAGGGAUGGCGGAGCAUGACCUCUUGUGUCCUGAAAACUUCGUGAAGCUGAACACCAAGCUUUGGAUGGUCUUCCUCCAGGCUUAUUUGUCAGGGAAGCAAAUUUCUGUCUAGUUCAAGCUAGUUAUUUUGGGUCUCUGUUGCUCAUAGCCAAAUCUAAUUCUAACUUGAUACAGAGGCAAGAUCUCCAUGAUCUAAGUUUUUAUAGGUACUGUGAAGAGGUCAGUUAUAUUCUAAAUGUGAUGGGGAACCACUGAAGGAUCAAGAGGAGAGUAAUAUGACUUAAUUUGUAUUUUGGAAUAUUUUAUAAGAGAAAAAAUGAGUUGUAGGUGAACAAGAGUAGAAAAAGGGAAAAAUGAAUUAAAGAUUCUUAUAGCCAAGCAUGGUAGCACAUAUUUGUAAAAUCCCAGCCACUCUGAAGCCUGAGGCAGGAGGAUUGCAAGUUUGAAACUGGCCUGGGCAACUUGGUAAGAGCCUGUCUCCAAAAAAAAAAAACAAAGCUGAAAGCUGUGGCUCAGUGG